UCUUGAAUACAACCCACUACAAUGGAAAGAAGAAUUUUAGUUUUGAAAAAUUUGCGGCACGGGUUCUUGGUGCCUUUGAAGAUUUGAAAAAUUGUGGCGAUGGCAUGUCGGAACAUGCCAAGGUAACCAAGUUCUUGAGCAUGAUCAAAGAAGGCCCGCAGAGUGCAGGAUUGGACGCCUGUAAGACACUUGUCCGAGGAAGUCAAGCAUGUAUGCAAAACCUGCGCACGGCUAUCAACACUUUGCAGACUGAAGAUACGGCCCAGCAAACUCAUCGCUUAACAGCAAUUAGCGGUACAAGAGCCUUAGCUGCGGUCGACGGUGGAGGACGAAACUCCAAUCGUGGACGUGGACUUGGUCGUGAUUGUGAUAAUGGUGGUCGUGAUUGUGGUGGUUGUAAUUGUAAUCGUAAUCAACAUGGACUGGUGGGGGUCGCGGACGAGGUGGUAGUCGCGACCACGAUGGUACUGUAUGGUCCGAUGAUGUUGCUUAUGAAGAUUGCAGUUGCUUAUGAAGAUCGCAAUCAAUAUUCGCAUUCCAUUAUUGAUGAAAACUCGGGAUUACAUAUCCUGAUGGACUUCCUGAAGCCUAUCAGCUUCUUUGCUUGUCGCAAACCUGCGCUGUCUGAACUUGAUGAAUAUGUCUCGGUGGAAAUGACCAGUUCUGUCCCUUGGGAACUUUAUGACCCGGAAUCCUCUCACAUCAAACAAAAUCUACGACGUGAAUAUCAAGGGGACAUUGCCACUCAACAAAUCUAUUCUGUUGACCGCUCUGAUCCCAACUACCGCUCUAUUUGCCCACUCGCUCUUCCUAUCGCUUUAGGGGACAGAGUUGAGGCGACCAUCAAUGGUGUUAAAACCAAUGGCAAGAGCUAUUUGGUCAAACCUGAACAACUUGCGCAAAGAUGGCGAAUCAGCCUUGAAUGUGCCCGUCGCACUCUCAAGAAAAAAACUCAGCGUGCUUUGCGGGACUGGACUAAAGUCAAAGGCUCAAGACGAUUUUGCCCCACUCAAUUCCAACUUGAAUAUCCUAGGUUGCGUGCUGAUAUUUGGGCCGAUAUCAAACAAGGCCCCUGUGUUUCUGCUGAAGGAAAUAAGUAUGUUGCUGUCUAUGCUGCUGCCUGUCAAUGGGCCCGUGGCUACGCUUUGAAGAAAGAAUCUGAAGUGAGCAACUCGCUCAAGGAACUAUUUUGUGAUAUUGGCUUUCCAAGAGUUCUCCAACCUGAUGAUGCUCAAUCGUUGACUGCUGGAGAAUUUCGAAGAGUCGCAAAUAAGGCCCAGGUUCCAAUACAUCCUAGCGAGCCCUACAAUCCUGAUCAGAACCUUGCUGAAGAUUGUAUUUGUGAAGCAACAAGAAUUCAAGAGAAUAAGCAAUUGUGUUGUUCGCUUGGACCCAGCUUUAACAUUGGCAGAUCUCUGUGUUUUGCAUGUGCCACUUCUUGUGGAAAAUUUUUACAGCGUUCAAGUGUGAUUCCUCUCUCCAGAGAAGAGCGGGAUAGCACAGAUAUCAAAGAACUGAAAAAGCGUUUUACCGAAGACUUGCAUAACUGUUUGAAAAACUCUGACCCCAUCAAGAUUGAUGAUUUACAGGAUCCUUCGGGUGCUUAUGGCACACGAGUCCAUGCUGAUGAUGGUUUUGUCAUGGUGGCCGAAUAUGCUGUUGCUAACAAACUUGUGUCUGAGCCUGCUUUCUCUUGGUGGGUUCCUUAUACUUUGAAGAAGCGUGAUAGAAUUCUAAAGGCUGUGAAAAGAAGAGCCUUAACUCGCAAGACUGAGAAAUUUGGUUUAGAAUUGCCUGGUACUGGUCCAAAAGGCGUGAGACGUGCCUGCAAGAUUGAUGCCAACACUGGUAGCAAUCAUUGGGGAAAUGCUAUUGAAAAGGAAGUUAAAACUAUGUUGCCUGCUUUAAGAAUCUUGGGACCAAAUGAACCUGUUCCCCCUGGAUAUACUUGUAUUGACUUGAUGACUGUCUUUGAUGUCAAGAUGGACCUUACACAAAAGGCCCGGAUAUGUGCUUGA